GAAGAUUUUGAAUUAAAAAAAUAUAAAAGAUUUAUUAAUUAAUCAAUAAAAUCACCAAGAUGAAUAACACAUUAAGUGAUACUCUAACUUGUUUGCCCAAAGAUUUUCAAGGAACUGAAUUAGGAGAGGGACAGUUAAGUGAUUAACAAAAAGUGAAGUAAUGUUUAGUAUAUAAAUAACAGAUUAGUGAAUUUGGGCAUGAUGACUCCUUUGAGUAACACUUUGACAUAUGAUUUUGAAUAAAUGACUUUAGACACUUCACCAAAAGAGAGUGUUGUAAAUAAUAAAUAUUGUGAAAAUAUUGACACCAUAAAUGAAUAAGAAGAAAAUAAAUACAAAUUACAAGUAGAUUUAAAUCAUUAUGAUUAAAAGAAAUAUCAAAGUUUCAAAGUGCCUAAAGAAUAAAUUAGAAAAUCACCUAAACGUAAGACUUGUUAACCAUAACAUACUUUGGCUUUUUGGGAUAUAAGUGAAUAAAAUUAAGAAACAUAAAUCGAUUAAUAAUCACCCGAUACAACUUAAAUGAAUGCCCAGACAUUGAAAUUUAUCAAAGAACUCUGGAAUUCAGAUAAAAAUGAGACUGAAUAAUUUAAAGACAUUGUUGAAUCAAAAAUCCAAUAUUAAAAUCAACCUUUAGUGGAUUAUCAUAGUCCAAUCUAUGAACCUGAUAUAGAAAUGGAUUUAUAUAUAACUAAUUUAGUAGUAAGAAUUUAAAUAUUAACAUCAUAGGAUCAACUAUGGGGUAAUUAGAUUAUUAGUAGAAAAUUAUAAAAAAUGCUUGAAUCAGGUUCUAAUGAUUAAAAAGAAUUGAUUGUACAAAAAUUAGAGAGAGUAACUCCUUAAAUUCAAAAAGAUAUAUUUGGUAAUUAUGUUGUCUAAAAAGUCUUUGAAUGCAGUAUUUAUAUAUCAUAAUCAUUAUUAUUAGCCAAUAAUACAUUGUAAUUCAGAAUGUUUAAUAAACUCAAACCUCACUUUUAUGAUUUAUCUAAAAACACUUUCGGUUGCAGAGUCAUGUAGAAAUUGAUAGAAUACACUUAUAAUAGAAAUGAUCUCCAAAAUAUAGUCUUAUAAUAAUUAUAAUCCAAUAUCAGAACUUUAAUUUAUGAUUUGAAUGGAAAUUAUGUCAUUUUCAAAAUGCUCGAAACUUACGAUAAAUUAAAAAUGGAAUUCAUGAUUCCUAUAGUUGAAGAAUCUGUAUUUCUUAUUAUCUAUAUCUUUAGUUCAAUUACAUGGCAUAACAGAUCUAUGGUUGCAAAAUUAUUCAUAAAAUUAUUUAACAGUAUUCUCAACAAUAAAUCACCAAAAUCAUUAGACUAUCAGUCUCAAAUUACAAUAUCUUAAGUUAAACAGAAUAUGGAAAUUAUGUAUUACAACAUAUUCUCUAAUUUUGGAUCCCAAGUUAAGAAAAAGCUUAUUUAGUUCAAUUAGUUUUACAACAGUUUUUUUAACUAAGCAUUAAUAAAUAUGCUAGGUAUACUUAAAAUCUAUGAUUACCAGUAACACUGUUGAACGAGCAUUGGAGGCUUUGGGAAAGCAAGAAUUAAUUUCUAUUAUGAAAUGGCUACUUUGUAGAAGUCCUAAUCAAUAGUAGAAUAUUUAUAAUAAUUUUAAUAGCACUAGUAAUUUCGUAGUAUUAGCUAAUCACCAAUAUGCAAAUUAUGUAAUAAAGAAAUUCUUAGUGCUUAGCGAUCAUAAUGUAUUAAAAUUUAUUUCAGAUCAUUUGUAUUAGAAUCAAUCUGAAUAAACAGCAAUCAAAUCUACUGUCCAUGGUAUUGAUAAUAUGUUAUUUUAGGUUAAAGAAUAAAGAGCUUCUUAGAAAAGCAAAUUUAACAUUGGGCUUGAUUGCCAAAUAGCUUAGCCAUU